GCUGACUUUGUGAAAAUUGCCCAUCCAGAUUUUGCUUUCAGAGAGGCUGCUGAGGAAGCCUGCAGAAGCAUUGGUACUAUGGUAGAAAAAUUAAAUACAGAUGUAGAUUUGUGCCAAAGUCUAAGAAAGUUGUUGGCUGAUAAAGGUGUAAUGGAGUCCCUUGAUCCAGAAACAAGGCGAGUAGCAGAACUUUUCAUGUUUGAUUUUGAGAUCAGUGGUAUUCAUUUGGAUGAAGAAAAGCGAAGGAGAGCAGUAAAUCUCAAUGUCAAAAUACUGGAUUUGUGUAACGAAUUUCUCAUAGGAUCUCAUCUUCCAAACAAGGUUGACAAGCACAUUUUACCAGAACACAUUCGGCAUCAUUUUGCAGUUGAAGGCAAUUAUGCCCAAAUCAGUGGUCUCAAUGCUGAUAGUCCUGAUGAUCUGGUACGUGAAGUUGCCUACAAGGUUUUCCUGUACCCAAAUGCUCAGCAAUUACAUUGUUUAGAGGAACUUCUUACCAGCAGAAACCUUCUGGCCCAAUUAGUAGGAUAUGAUACAUUUGCUCAUCGGGCUCUUCAGGGGACAAUGGCCAAAACUCCAGAGAAAGUAAUGCAAUUUCUUGAGAAGCUUUCAGAUAAGUUAUUCAGUCGUACUCUAAAGGAUUUUGAAAUGAUGAAAGGCAUGAAAAUGAAACUAAAUCCUAUAAAAUCAAAAUUGAUGCCUUGGGAUCAUCCAUACCACAGUGGUGUCCUGCGUGCUGAGAGGUAUAAUAUUGAACCCAGCCUGUAUUGCCCCUUUUUCUCUCUUGGAGCAUGUAUGGAAGGCCUGAACAUCUUGUUCAAUAAACUCUUAGGCAUCUCUCUUUAUGCUGAACAGACUGUGAAGGGAGAGGUGUGGUGUGAGGAUGUUCGCAAACUGGCAGUUGUCCAUGAACAAGAAGGAUUAUUGGGAUACAUCUAUUGUGAUUUUUUUCAAAGACCAGACAAGCCUUAUCAGGAUUGCCACUUUACGAUACGUGGAGGCAGGCUAAAAGAAAAUGGAGAAUACCAGCUUCCUGUUGUUGUCCUUAUGCUAAGUUUGCCCCAUUCCACUAGUAGUUUACCAACAUUGCUUACUCCUGGGAUGAUGGAGAAUCUCUUCCAUGAAAUGGGACAUGCCAUGCAUUCUAUGCUGGGAAGGACUCGAUACCAACAUGUCACUGGGACAAGAUGUUCUACAGACUUUGCUGAAGUUCCCUCUAUCUUGAUGGAGUAUUUUGCAAAUGAUUAUCGAGUGGUGAACCAAUUUGCAAGGCACUAUAAAACGGGUCAGCCAUUGCCCAAACAUAUGGUGUCAAGACUCUGCGAAUCUAAGAAAGUUUGUGCUGCUGCCGACAUGCAGCUUCAGAUCUUUUAUGCUGUCUUGGACCAAAUAUACCAUGGGAAACAUCCUCUAGAGAAGUCAACCACAGAGAUUUUGAAAGAAACUCAAGAGAAAUUCUAUGGAUUGCCAUACGUUCCUAAUACUGUGAGUACCAUAUUUCAUGCGGAUUGAUAUUUUAAAAGAAAA